AUGGCUUUGGCAUUUGCGAUAUGCCCAUUUGAAUUUCAAAGGUCUACAGAUUCUUUCUCAGAAGCAAAUGAUGGCUGGCCUUCCUCAAAGGUUUUCAUAGAUCAACCCCCUGGCUAUGUGCAACAAGAAAUCUACACAGAAAAUGAUCAAGCAAUGUUUGAGGAGUUUAAAAAGUCCAUGAUGGUAGAAUUCGAGAUGACCGAUCUAGGAAUGAUGCACUAUUUUCUUGGCAUCGAAGUAGUGCAAUCAACAGCUGGGAUUUUCAUCACACAAAAGAAAUAUGCUUUGGAGAUCUUGGACAGGUUUCAGAUGAUUGACUGUAAUUCAGUGGGAACUCCAACUGGACCAAGUUUGAAGCUCACGAAGGACUAUGAAGGAAAGAAGAUUAAUAGUACUUUAUACAAGCAAAUUGUUAGAAGUUUGAUGUAUUUAACAACUAAACCUGAUAUUAUGUAUGAUGUAAGUUUAAUUAGCAGGUUUAUGGAAUCUCCAACUAAACUUCAUCUCCUUGCUGCAAAGAGAAUCUUACACUACUUGAAAGGUACACUUGAUUUUGGUAUCUUUUAUCAAAAAGGAAGAUCAGAUCUUAUUGGUUUCAGUGAAAGUGAUUAUGUAGGAGACUUAAGAUAA